GACGCAAGAAAUAAAUCGAGAAGAAAACAAGCGAGGACUGACACGAACGUGGGCGCGCGUGUUGCCUCGCUAGAAAUACCAUACUCCUUUGCAGAGACACGUUCUUUACUUCCUUCGAGUAAAAAGGAUACCAGUGAGUGAUCAAAACGGACAUUUAUAAGACGCGACUGCUUUAUUUGAAAAUAUUGUAGACUGCGAUCUCCCCGAAAAGGUCCUGGAACGGUCGUUUAUGAGAAAACUGAAUUAAGACCUGGGAUUAAGAUCAUGUGUUCUUUAUUUGGCACUUGACUCUUCUAUGGCUAGUCCUGUCUCGCUCUUCUCGUCUACAGCUGAAAUACACCGCUCUCAGCGUGCUGUUAGCGUUGUCCUGAGCGCGAAUGGAUCUCAAAGCUCGUCAUGGAAAAAUCAUUAAACUCCAGUAGAAAUUUUAAGCUUCCACCGAUACAAGGAGCAGCGCCAGCCGCGAAUAUUCUCCGACAGCCAGCUUCACGAGGCAAGCAGACAUGGCCGCACGAAUACGGACACCGAGCAAACGGACAUCAUCGGUCAACACGGCAAGUUAUUCACGUCCCUAAUGAUCCAUUCCCCGGUCGAUACAGAAGUCCACGGCAUGCUAGCCAUAACUUGUCGAAUGCAGCGGGCAAGCGGCGCCCGUUCAACUCCGGGGCCGUCGAAAAUGAAAUGAACAGGGGGGAAUCCUUAACGCUUGAGUUCGCACCCAUGGUUCAUAAUUUUCCUCAGUCGUACACAGUUCUUCCUCCCAUUCAGAAAAUCUCAAAGCCGUCUACUAAUGAAACUGAAAUUGCCACUCAAGACAAAAACUUAAGGGGCGACGAGGAGAAAAAAUUAGGUGCCCAGUUGAUCAGAGACGAUGUUGGUAAACCAAACAAUAAGCAUAAAGGUAGUGGCGUGCAAAAACAUCACGAUAAGAGUGGAGAUUCAAAUACAAGCAACAUUAAUAUUAAAGCAGACUCGGGAAAUGGAAGAAACGUUUCUAAAAGCAAACGACAAACUGAUCCUGAAAGUCAGGAUAGCGAAACUGGAGAAAGAAAACAAAGUGCGACCACAGUGUUGUUUCUUAAGGGAAAGCGUAUAGGUCGUCGCGUUGGAGUUUGCUUGGAAAACGAACCGGCUUUAAUCAAUGUCACGGAACAGCUAAAGGAGAUAUUUUUACGAAGGAAUAUGGAAGAAAUGUACCUAAUCUAGUGGGUUAUUGACAAUAUGGUGGGCAGGUGCGAGGUCGACAAAAAUUAUAUUUGUUUACAGUUUAACACAACGGGAAAAAAAAGGAAAGCGACAAGCGAAAUCGCUUUAGGAAAGGAUAAGUGUUUGGUCAAAUUCCCAAUUUGGAGAAUAUGUAAGAAUCAGUGCUUCACGGAAGUGUUUGCGGUUUGGGAUUCACAGGCGACAAAGUAGUAAGAAGUGGGUUUAUAAAGGAAAAACUCAGAUCUGUUUCUGGGGUAUACAGGUAGAUUACAGCGAGCUCCGUAUUUCCAUAACAACCGACAGAUGUUAAACGCAGCCAGUUCACAUUUGCCAUUCUUACUUCCUGAAAGGGUAACAUGGAAUAUUCAUUUCCACGGCCUUGACAGUAGAUUGACCCUAUAAAAAUAUAUAGAUUACAAACAAAAUUGUAUUCUUAAUUCGAUAUCUUUGAACCAUCUUUGGAUCUCUAAGACCAACAGAGCGGCUACAUAUCCAAACGAAACAUGAAUUCCCACUUGUUUUGCCAACAGCACAUUGAAAUUGAAAGUGGAUAUUAAUUGCAUCGUUGAAAGAAAGAAGUUUAUUCAGCCAUUAGGAUUUGGUAAGGAUUGCUAAAUUUAAUCCAGUCGAUGAAAACAUUGCGUGCGGUUCUUCCAACAGGGUCAACGAGUACUUCUCAGCAACGCGUUAAUUUUUUAGGUCUAUUUUCAAGACCAUUAAAUGGAGUGUUUUUACUUUCUCACAAAGCACACGUCAACCAACCCACGCCAGUGCGCUAAGGACCCCAAGAAUUAAAAAAGUUAAAAAUUGAACUGUCUUUUGACCUGAGAGAUUUUAAUGGCCUCAAGGAUUAAAAGCUUUUCUGUUCUGAAGGCGGCUCCUAAUUUGGNUCCAGUCGAUGAAAACAUUGCGUGCGGUUCUUCCAACAGGGUCAACGAGUACUUCUCAGCAACGCGUUAAUUAUUUAGGUCUAUUUUCAAGACCAUUAAACGGAGUGUUUUUACUUUCUCACAAAGCACAAAUCAACCAACCCACGCCAGUGCGCUAAGGACCCCAAGAAUUAAAAAAGUUAAAAAUUGAACUGUCUUUUGACCUGAGAGAUUUUAAUGGCCUCAAGGAUUAAAAGCUUUUCUGUUCUGAAGGCGGCUCCUAAUUUGGCGUUUCAGUAACUUGAUGACUGAGAGCUAUGAAUUCGAAUGAAACUGAAUAAAAAAGUGACAUUUUCAUAGGAAAUGUAUUCAGAUCACUCGUGGGUGCAAAGUGAAUUGACUGGCUAUUGAAAAGGAAAUCACGUUGUUUUUAGCAGUUGGCGUCAUUCAUGAAAAGUUUAUUGAACUAUACUCGAUAAAAUCGAGAAACGAAGAUAAGUAAAGUCUCUUUUUAUAAUCUCAAACUUUCUAACAUGCUGUAAAUAUUAUUUAUAACAUACAUACAUGUUGUAAAAAUUUUCACGCAUCUAGCCGUAUGAGAUUGUUUAUUGAAAAGU